AGCGGAAGCCGCGUUUGUUGUUCUUCCUUCAGAUCCGCAGGUCCUUUUGGAGGUCUAGUCGGGACCAGGUCAGGAGGUCUAGUCGGGACCAGGUCUAGUCGGGACCAGGUCAGGACGGUCCACCUCGCCGUCUGGAGGUCUAGUCGGGACCAGGUCUAGUCGAGACCAGGUCAGGACGGGUCCACCUCCUUACCGACCAUAUCUCUUAACUGUCUUCUCUGCCCCCGAAUGCAGACCUCCAGGGAUGCCCAAGGACAAGUAUGAACCCCCCGACCCUCGCCGCUGUUACUCCAUCAUGUCUGCUGAGGACGCCUCCAGCGGGAAGAGGAGCUACUGGGCCGAGCUCGAGAUAUCGGGUCGUGUGCGGAGUCUGAGCAGUUCUCUGUGGUCGCUGACCCACCUGACGGCGCUGCACAUCAACGACAACAACCUGAGCCGCCUCCCGCCGGAGAUCUCCAAUCUUCCUCACCUCGCCUACCUCAACCUCUCCUCCAACAAGCUGCGCAGCCUCCCGGCGGAGCUCGGAAACAUGGUCUCUCUCAGGGAGUUGUUGCUCAACAACAACCUGUUACGGGUUCUGCCUUAUGAACUGGGACGACUCUUCCAGCUCCAGACUCUGGGACUAAAGGGUAAUCCGUUGUCCCAGGAUAUCCUCAACUUGUACCAGGAACCCGACGGCACCAGGAAGCUCCUCAACUACAUGCUGGAUAAUCUAGCUGUGCAUCCUGAACAGCUUCCCCAGAGGCCUUGGAUCACUCUGAAGGAGAGGGACCAGAGCGUCCCUACAGCGGUGUUCACGGUCAUGUGCUACAACGUGCUGUGUGAGAAGUAUGCCACGCGGCAGCUGUACGGCUACUGUCCCUCCUGGGCUCUGAGCUGGAGCUACCGCAGGAAGGGCAUCAUGGAGGAGAUCACCAGCUGCCACGCAGACAUCAUCAGCCUGCAGGAGGUGGAGACGGAGCAGUACUACACCCUGUUCCUGGACACGCUGAAGGAGCAGGGAUAUGACGGAUACUUCUGCCCAAAGUCUCGUGCCAAGCUGGUGUCCGAACCCGAGCGCAAGCAUGUCGACGGUUGCGCCAUCUUCUUCAAGACACAGAAGUUCACUCUGGUGCAGAAACACACUGUAGAGUUCAACCAGGUAGCCAUGGCUAACUCGGAGGGGUCAGAGAUCAUGCUCAACAGGGUGAUGACCAAGGACAACAUCGGGGUCGCCGUGCUCCUGGAGGUCAACAAGGACAUGUUCUCAGGCGGUAUGAAGGCUCCACCCGAGAGGCAGAUGAUCUUGGUUGCUAACGCCCACAUGCAUUGGGACCCGGAGUUCUCCGACGUCAAGCUCAUCCAGACCAUGAUGUUCCUCUCUGAGCUCAAGAGCAUCGCUGAGAGGGCUGCCACUUCCCUAACCUCUGACCCCGCAACCAUCCCCAUCGUCUUGUGUGCCGACCUCAACUCCCUGCCUGACUCUGGUGUGGUGGAAUACCUGAGUAGUGGGGGCGUGGCCGAGAACCACAAGGACUUCAAGGAGCUCCGCUACACCGACUGUCUCACCAACUUCAGCUGCAACGCCAAGAGCACUCCCAACGGGAAGAGGAGCCCCGCAGACCGGAGCAUCACCCACAGCUUUCAGCUGAAGAGCGCCUACGACUGCAGCGCCAUGCCCUUCACCAACUACACCUACGACUUCAAGGGGGUGAUCGACUACAUCUUCUCGUCCAGGACCCACCUCACCACGCUGGGUGUGCUGGGCCCGCUGGACCCCCAGUGGCUCCAGGAAAACAGCAUUCUGGGCUGCCCCCACCCCCACAUCCCCUCAGACCAUUUCUCCCUGCUGGCCCAGCUGGAGCUGGCCCCGCCCCUCACACACCCCCUCAACGGCCUACACAUGCCUGUACACAGGUAGUGAAUCUAGACCCCACCUCCUUCUCCUGAUGUCACCUUACCACCACCCUGCUGCUACAGGACGCUGUCAGCCAAUCACUACUCUCCCCCCCGGACCCCCCUCUACACACAUAUACACACAAAUACACACACUCUCUCACACACCACAGGAGUUGAGUAUGGGCCUGUUUUGCACAUUGACGGAUUGUUUUUGUAUCUGAUUGGACAAUCAUCAUCCCGUUGUCAUGACACUGGAUGUUCAUGUGGGAUUCUGUUGCCUUGGUAACCAGCAUCAUCUCUCAGUUCAUCCUCCUGCGUCCUAGGAGCCCAAGUUCAUGGGGUCACCACCAGUAGAUGCAGCUGUUCUUGUGCAUCCUGGAGUGUUAGGGCGCGGAUUAGGUUCCUGAUUCCUAGACGUCUCUAAAGUUUUUGACCCUUAUCUUUCAUCUACCAUGGCAAGCGCUUCCUUCGUUUUGCUUAAAUUAAAAAGAGAUGUAAUUUAA